AUGCAACUUUAUAUGGAUCCGGCAUCAUAUCAAAUCUUAGGAAACUUUAAAAUAUUGACAACAGCUAUUAUGUACAGACUUAUUAUUAAACAGAAUCUAAAAAGAAAACAAUGGUUUGCUCUGUUUUUAUUGUUUAGUGGUGGAGUGGCUUAUAGCUUAGGAACAAUUAGAAAUUCAUCAGGUGUUCCGAAACAGAUAACAACAUCUGGUGCUGUUAUGAAUCGCAUGUAUGUUCAUCCGUUAGGUUUUUUUAUGAUUACAAGUUAUUGUAUAAUAAGUGGUUUUUCUGGUGUUUAUAAUGAAUGGAUAUUGAAAAAAUAUUAUACAGAAUCUAUACAUAUUCAAAAUAUCUUUCUUUACACUUAUGGAGUGAUUUUUAAUUUAAUUCCAGCAAUUACUGUAGCAAUGUAUUCAUCAGGAAGUUCUUAUUCAUUUAAUUUAUUUCAUGGUUUUACAUUUUAUACAUGGAUAAUUAUUUUAACACAAGCAUUGAGUGGUAUAUUUAUGGGUGUAAUAAUAAAACAUUCAUCAAAUAUUAUUCGAUUAUUUGUUAUAUCAUUUUCAUUAAUUGUAGCAGCAAUUCUUUCAGUAUUUGUUUUUAAUAUUCAUCUUAAUAUUUAUUUCUUUAUUGCAUUUAUUACAAUGAUUUGUUCUCUUUCAAUUUAUUAUUCAUAA